AACGAAACCGAAAACCCAACCCCAAACAUUGACUCAAUUCGCUUUAUAUAAAAUCAAUCCCUCCACAUUCCAAAGCGUUCUCCCGCUCCUUUCCUCCAUUUCUAUCCUUCAAAUCCGCUUUCAAAACCCUAACCCUAAGCUCUGCGCGGGAGAAGAAUCGCCUCGACAAGAUGUUGGAACUCCGUCUCGUGCAGGGAUCCCUUCUGAAGAAGGUCAUGGAUGCAAUCAAGGACCUCGUCAAUGACGCCAACUUCGACUGCUCGUCGGCCUCCUUCGCUCUCCAGGCCAUGGACUCCAGCCACGUCGCCCUUGUGGCUCUGCUCCUGAGAGCUGAGGGUUUCGAGCACUUCCGCUGCGACCGAAACAUCUCCAUGGGCAUGAAUCUCGGGAACAUGGCGAAGAUGCUCAAGUGUGCCGGCAACGAUGACAUCAUCACCAUCAAGGGUGACGACGGCAGUGACACUGUCACUUUCAUGUUCGAGAGCCCAACCCAAGACAAAAUUGCUGAUUUUGAGAUGAAACUGAUGGACAUUGAUAGCGAGCACUUGGGGAUCCCAGAUGCAGAAUACCAGGCUAUUGUCAGGAUGCCUUCAGCUGAGUUUAUGAGAAUUUGCAGAGAUCUUGCCACCAUUGGUGACACUGUCGUCAUAUCCGUGACAAAGGAAGGUGUGAAAUUCUCUGCACGGGGUGAUAUGGGAAGUGCAAACAUCGUCCUGAGGCAGAAUACUACUGUUGAUAAGCCAGAGGAAGCAACAAUCAUAGAGAUGAACGAGCCUGUCUCCCUGACCUUUGCUUUGAGAUACAUGAACUCCUUCACCAAGGCUACUCCAUUGUCCAAUACAGUCACACUUAGUCUGUCUGCAGAACUGCCUAUUGUGGUUGAAUACAAGAUUGCAGAGAUGGGUUACAUAAGAUACUACUUGGCUCCAAAGAUCGAAGACGAUGAAGAGGAGACAAAACCUGAAGCAUGAUCCCCUGUUUCCCUGUUCAUAUAUGAUCAGUUUCUCGUCUUAGACAGACUUCAGUUUGCUCUCUAAGUUUUCCCGGAUUUACUGUUGAUGCACUGGAGAGUCUGUGUCAUGCUUCUAGGUUGGUUUAUGUGUUGAUGCCUGAACCUUUCUAAUGCUUGGUUCCUUACAUAGCUGUUGAUUGCUAGUCUGAUGAUACAUUCAUGGGGAAUUAGUUAGUAGUUGUAACUUUUGAAAUCGAAUUGGUGUCAUGACUGCAAUCAAUCAUGUAGUUAGUUUAUCUUUUGCCUUCUUUGAUCUGAG